AUGGUACAGGUCGGUUUAGUAGACCUUUAUGCUGACGUCGUAGCGAUACGGGGCGACAUAGUAGGCCUGCGUGGGACUGGCGAGUAUCGGGAUGGAGGGGGUAGCGGAGGGACAGGCGGUUAUCAGGACGGAGGGAGUGACAAAGGGACAGGUGGAGGGAAUGACGGAGGGGCAGGCGGCUAUCGUGAUGGAGGGGGUGACGGAGGGGCCGGUGGUUAUCAGAGUCGAGGAGGCCCCGAUGGAGACGGAGGAGAGGGUACUCGAGGCGGCGAUCGGAAGGGUGCCGUCGUUAGGGUGUCGGAGGAGAAGAGGGUCAGGAGGGUGCUGGAGGAGGAGGUCGUGAGGGUAUCGGAGGAGGAGGGAGUACCCGAGGUAACGAACGAGAGGGUGCUAGAGAUGGAGGUCGUCAGGGUGUCGGAGGAGAAGGGGUUCGGGAGGGUGCCGGAGGAGGAGGUCGUGAGGCUAUCGGAGGAGGAGAGGGUACCGGAGGAGGAUGGGGUACCCGAGGCGGAGGUCGUCAGGGAGUCGGAGGAGAAGGAGAGGGUAUACCAUAUCAAACGUCAGACUCGCCGGACGUAG